AUGCCAUCCAACCAUCUCAUCUGGAUUCCUCUGCCUCUCUUCGCCCUCUUCCCCCUUUCACUGGCAAUGUAUUCCUUCGAGGGCGGCACCCAGUUCAUCUCCUAUAACGGCACGAUUGCUGGCCAAUUCAAGCACCCGGCAUCUGCACCUCCGGAGUGUCCCACCUACUAUUUUGACACCCUUCAAAACUCAUUCAUCUUCGUUGGUGUGAAUCCGCCGUGGGAUACCAACCCCUUCUACUUUGGCAUUAAACCGGGCUACCGUAUUUGUGUCAAGAGUCUGGGAGAUCAAUGCGAUGGUCUUGAGAUUGACGAUCAUUUAGCUCGACAAGAGGACCUUGAUUUGAACAAAGCGACGAUCGUCCAGUAUGACUGGGGAGAUGCAGGGAAAGGGUACAGCAUUGCUGGAGACCAGUCAACCUUUGGCGGUGGUCCUCCCCCUAAUAACUUUGACUUCCAACGACCCAAUAACUAUUCCUGGCAGGACGGCUGUGCGAACCUGUUACACUUCCAGUGGAAUUUUACAACGCCAUUCACAUACGCCGUCAAUUUCACCAACACGACCGCCGAGGCACAGUUCUCGUUGACUGCUCCAUCUGGCUCCGUGACAUUCUCCUUCCUCGGCAACCGCGUGGAUAAAAAUGAGCCUUACAUGGAGCCGUAUAACAACGGCAACUAUACCCCUGUCUCGCUGAAUACCUCAAAUCCAUCGAAGCCGAGUUUCAACUUUGUGAACGGCUCGCAGUUCGUAUGGAAGAACUGGUCCCAUGGAGAAUGGUCUGCUGUCGCGUCCGCAGCAGCACUCUCCGCCGACAAGAACCUUGCCUUGUGGUUGAGGUGGCUGUGGCUUUUGUUCAUGGAGGUGACUGGGGGGCUUCUUUUUCUCUAG